AUGAGCGCCGCUUUGAAUUCUGACGGAACGGGACUAGUAAGGACAGCAUGCAGAUGCACAUAUAGCGGGGCGAGGAAACUGGACGGACUAGGGAUUUUUGCGCUAAUGAAGGUGGGAGUACAAGCGCACUACUGGAGCCGGGUUCUCUUCUUGUAUAUGGGGUUGCUGGCUGCAUCGGUAAAGGCUCAGAACUGCAGCUACACGUUACACAGUCCAAAUGGGACGAUUGAGAGCCCAGGAUACCCAUACGGAUAUCCUAACUACGCCAACUGCACGUGGGUGAUCGUCACUCAGGACCACAACCGAAUACAGCUGGUGUUUCAAGGGUUCGCUCUAGAGGAAGACUUCGACAUCCUCUCGGUCUACGAUGGACAUCUCAGCCCCAGUAACCUACGAACACGGUUGACGGGGUUCCAGCUCCCGGCCCCCAUCAUCAGCUCAGGCCCCAUGCUCACGCUGUGGCUCCUGUCUGAUUACGCUGUCAGCGGGCAGGGCUUCAGAGCCGCAUUCGAAGCCCUGCCCAGUUACACCUGCGGGAACCCGGGUCAGCUCCAAAACGGCCUGCAGCAAGGUUCCACCUUCAACAUCGGAGACAAGAUCCGCUACAGCUGCAGCUCCGGGUAUGUGCUGGAAGGGCACACCGUCCUGUCCUGCCUGGCCACCUCCGCAGGGACCGCUGCCUGGGACUUUCCCCUGCCCUACUGUCGAGCUGACGAUGGGUGCGGAGGGACACUGCGGGGUCAGAGUGGGGCCAUCACCAGCCCAAACUACCCGCAGGACUACAACAACAACGCCGACUGCACCUGGACGGUCCUGGCCGAGCCGGGGGACACCAUCGCUCUGGUCUUCUCCGACUUUCAGCUGGAGGAGGACUACGAUGUCCUGGAGAUCAGCGGCACAGAGGGCUCCUCGCAAUGGUUCACCGGCCCAAACCUCCCCUCUCCCAUCAUUAGCAGUAAAAACUGGCUGAGGCUCCACUUCACCUCAGAUGGGAACCAUAAACUGAGAGGCUUCAGCGCGCAGUACCAAGUGAAGAAAAUGUCAGAGUUGAAAUCAAGAGGAGUCAAGAUGCUUCCCAGCAAGGACAACCACCAAAAGAUCUCUGUCUUGUCGCAGAUGGGGGUGGCACAGGGACACAACAUGUGUCCGGAUCCCGGGAUCCCAGAGCGGGGGAAGAGAAAGGGCUCGGACUUCAGGAGGGGGGCGACGGUGCACUUCUCCUGCGACGAGGGCUACGAGCUGCAGGGCUCCAAGAGCAUCACCUGCCUGCGCGUGACCGACAGCUACGUGGGCUGGAGCGACGACCGGCCCAUCUGCAGGGCACCCAUGUGCGGGGGCCAGCUCCGAGGUCCCAGUGGCAUCAUCACCUCGCCCAACUUCCCCGUCCAGUACGACAACAACGCCAACUGUACCUGGGUUAUCACCACGGCCGACCCCUCCAAGGUGAUCAAGAUGACUUUCGAAGACUUCGACCUGGAGAGAGGCUAUGACACACUGACGGUGGGGGAUGGAGCCUCAAUCGGAGAUCAGAAAACUGUCUUUCAUGUGCUUUCCGGAACCACCACACCAGACCUUGUAGUCAGUACCAGUCACCAGAUGUGGCUCAACUUUAAGACUGACGAUACGAGCGGCUCGCUGGGAUUCAAAGUAUCUUACGAAGAAAUCGAUCAGGGCAGCUGUGGAGACCCAGGCGUCCCUGCCUAUGGCAAGCGGGAAGGGUCAGGCUUCCGUCACGGGGACAGGCUGCACUUCGAGUGUCUCCCGGCGUUCGAGCUGGUCGGGAAGAAAAACAUCACUUGUCAGAAGAACAACCAGUGGUCGGCCAAGAAGCCCAGCUGCGUGUUCUCCUGCUUCUUCAACUUCACCACACCCUCGGGCAUUCUGCUAUCGCCCAACUACCCUCAGGAGUAUGGGAACAACAUGCACUGCGUGUGGCUGAUCAUCACCAAGCCCGAGAGCCGCAUCAACCUGGCCUUCAACGACCUCAGCAUGGAGAAGCAGUUUGACUUCCUGUCCGUGAAGGACGGGGGCAAGGCGGAGUCGCCCAUCUUGGGCACCUUCUCUGGCGAUGUGCUGCCCUCUCCCAUCACCACCAGCGCCCACGUGGCCAGAUUGGAGUUCCUGACUGACCACACCAACACCGACAGAGGAUUCAACAUCACGUUCACCACGUUCCGGCACAACGAGUGCCCCGAUCCGGGCGUCCCGGUCAACGGGAAGCGCUUCGGAGAGAGUCUGCAGCUGGGCAGCUCCAUGUCUUUCCUGUGCGAGGAGGGCUUCGUGAAGACCCACGGCUCCCUCACCAUCUCCUGCAUCCUCAAGGACGGGAACGUGGUGUGGGACAACGCAGUCCCGCGCUGUGAAGCUCCCUGUGGAGGAGACCUGAAAGCCCCCACUGGGAUCAUCCUGUCCCCAGGCUGGCCUGAGCUCUAUAAGGAGGCUCUGAACUGCGAGUGGAUCAUCGAGGCUCCGCCAGGGUACCCCAUCAAGAUCAUCUUCGACAAGUUCCGGACGGAGGUGAACUACGAUAUUUUGGAGGUGCGCGAUGGGCGAUUCCCCUCGUCCCCCCUGAUUGGCAGCUACCAGGGCACCCAGGUGCCGCAGUUCCUCAUCAGCACCUCCAACUUCCUGUACCUGCUUUUCUCCACCGACAAGAGCCAGUCCGACAUCGGCUUCCGCAUACGCUAUGAGACAGUGCAGCUGCAGUCGGAUCACUGUGUCGACCCCGGCAUCCCUGUGAAUGGCCAGCGGCACGGCAACGACUUCUACGUGGGCGCCCUUGUGACGUUCAGCUGCGACUCGGGGUACACCCUGAGCGACCACGAGCCCCUCGAGUGUGAGCCCAACUUCCAGUGGAGCCGACCUCUCCCCAGCUGCGACGCUCUCUGUGGUGGAUACAUCCAAGGAAACACAGGGACCAUCCUUUCCCCCGGGUUCCCCGACUUCUACCCCCACAAUCUCAACUGCACUUGGGUAAUCGAGACUUCACACGGAAAAGGUGUGCAGUUCACCUUCCACACCUUCCACCUGGAGAGCCCUCACGACCACCUGCUGGUGACGGAGAACGGGAGCUUCUCCGCACCGCUGUGGAGGCUGACCGGUUCCACCCUGCCCCCACCGCUCAGCGCUGGCCUCUUCGGCAACUUCACCGCCCAGAUCCGCUUCCUCUCCGACUUCUCCGUCUCCUACGAGGGCUUCAACAUCACCUUCUCUGAGUAUGAUUUGGAGCCCUGUGAGGACCCGGGCGUGCCCCCGUUCAGCACGCGUAAGGGCCUGCAGUACGGUGUGGGGGACACGCUCAUCUUCUCCUGCUUCCCCGGGUAUCGGCUGGAGGGGCCGCCCAGGGUCACCUGUCUGGGGGGCCGGCGGCGGGUGUGGAGCUCCCCUCUGCCAAGGUGUGUGGCCGAGUGUGGUUCCUCUGUGACUGGCACCCAGGGGGUCCUUCUCUCGCCCAACUACCCGGCCUUCUACAGCAACAACCACGAGUGCAUCUACUCCAUCCAGACCCAGCCGGGCAAGGGCAUCCAGCUGCGGGCCCGAGACUUCCACCUGGAGGAUGACGACGUGCUCAAGGUGUUUGACGGCAACAGUAACCGCGCCCGUCAGCUAGGCAGCUUCACAGGCACGGAGCUGCUGGAUACCACUCUGAACAGCACGUCCAGCUCCCUGUGGCUGGAGUUCAUCAGCAACGCGGACAACACCAGCAAAGGCUUUGAGCUGCACUUCACCAGCUUCGAGCUGGUGAAGUGCGAGGACCCUGGAGUGCCCCAGUUCGGCUACAAGAAGGAGGACAAGGGCCACUUCGCGGGGAGCGUGGUGUCGUACAGCUGUAACCCGGGAUACACUCUGAAGGGAAGCGAAGUGUUGACCUGCCUGAGGGGCGAGAGGCGGACCUGGGACAGCCCGCUCCCCCUCUGCGUGGCUGAGUGCGGAGGUGUGAUCAAGGACGAGCUCAGUGGGCGAAUACUUUCACCUGGCUACCCGGCCCCCUACGAUCACAACCUGCACUGCAUGUGGACCAUCGAGGCAGCCUCCGGAAGCACCAUCGGGCUGCACUUCCUGGUCUUCCACACGGAGGAGGUGCAUGAUGUGCUGCGCAUUUGGGACGGGCCCCAGGAGGGAGGGGUCCUCCUGCGGGAGCUGAGUGGCUCCAUCCUGCCCCCGGACACCCACAGCACCUUCAACUCCAUCAGCAUGCAGUUCACCACCGACUUCUUCACCAGCAAGCAGGGCUUCGCCAUACAGUUCUCAGUUUCCACUGCUACUUCCUGUAAUGACCCGGGCACACCCACCAAUGGGACGCGCAGUGGAGACAGCAAGGAGCCCGGCGACCGUGUGGUGUUCCAGUGUGAUCCCGGAUACGUCCUACAGGGGGCCACCAAGAUCACCUGCACUGAAAUCAGCAGCCGCUUCUUCUGGCAGCCUGACCCACCUACCUGUAUAGCACCGUGUGGUGGAAACCUGACAGGACCCAACGGGCUGAUCCUCUCCCCAGAAUACCCGGAGCCCUACCCCCACGGCCGCGAGUGCGACUGGACUGUCACUGUGACGCCCGACUACGUCAUCGCACUCAACUUCAAUCAGUUCAGCCUUGAGCCCAGCUAUGACUUCCUGCACAUCUACGACGGGCCAGACUCCCUCAGCCCACUUCUUGGAAGCUAUUAUGGCACGGACGUCCCAGACCGGAUUGAGAGCAGCUCCAACACCCUGUUCCUGGCCUUUCGCAGCGACGCUUCCCUCAGCAGCAAUGGCUUUGUCCUACAGUACACAGAGAAUCCAAGAGAAUCGUGUUUUGAGCCGGGCCCGGUGCAAAAUGGGACCAGAGUCGGCACUGACCUAAAGCUGGGGUCCACCAUCACCUUCUACUGUGACAGCGGUUACAUCAUUGAGGGAGACGCCACCCUCACCUGUAUCAUGGGGGGAGACGGAAAGCCCAGCUGGAACAAACCACGGCCGACCUGCAUCGCUCCAUGUGGUGGACAGUACUCUGGAAUGGAAGGCGUGGUGUUAUCCCCUAGCUACCCUGGAAACUACAGCAGGGGCAGGACUUGCCAUUAUUCGGUUGUUGUGCCAAAGGACUAUGUGGUUUUUGGCCAGUUUGCCUUCUUCCAGACAGCCCUGAACGAUGUGGUGGAGGUGUACGAUGGAGCCACGCAGAACUCCCGCGUUCUAAGCUCUCUCUCUGGGGCCCAUACCGGUGAAUCCCUACCCCUGGCCACCUCCAACCAAAUCCUCAUCCGAUUCAACUCCAAAGGCCAAGUUACUUCCAGAGGUUUCCACCUGGUCUAUCAAGCGGUCCCCCGCACUAGCGCCACCCAGUGCAGCUCGGUACCGGAGCCCCGCUACGGCAAGCGCAUGGGGAACAACUUCUCGGUGGGCGCGGCCAUCCGCUUUGAGUGCGACUCGGGCUACGCGCUAGAGGGGGCUAGCGCCAUCGAGUGCCUGACCGUGCCCAACGCCCUGGCACAGUGGAACAGCACCAUCCCCAGCUGUGUCGUUCCCUGUGGGGGAAAUCUAACCCAACGGACUGGAACCAUCUUGUCUCCGGGCUUUCCUGACCCAUACCUGAACAGUCUGAACUGUGUGUGGAAGAUUACCGUGCCAGAAGGUUCUGGCAUUCAGAUUCAGGUGAUCAGCUUCAUGACAGAGCAGAACUGGGACUCACUGGAGGUGUUUGAUGGGGGUGAUAACACUGACACCAUGCUUGGCAGUUUCUCAGGCACAACUGUUCCGGCCCUCUUGAACAGCACGUCCAACCAGCUGUAUCUACACUUCUUCUCUGACAUCAGCGUGUCUGCAGCUGGCUUCCGGCUGGAGUACAAGACGGUGUCUCUCACGAGCUGUCCUGAGCCUGUCAUCCCCAUGAAUGGGAUGAAGGUGGGCGAUCGCCUGCAAAUGAACAACGUGGUGUCUUUCCAAUGCGAGCCAGGCUACACCCUGCAGGGAAACUCUCAUAUCUCCUGCAUGCCAGGGACUGUCAGACGCUGGAAUUUCCCACCGCCCCUCUGCAUUGCUCAGUGUGGUGGCAUACGGGAAGAAAUGGAGGGCAUGAUCCUGAGUCCUGGUUUCCCAGGAAACUACCCGAGCAACAGCGACUGCACCUGGAGGGUCUACCUGCCUGUUGGAUACGGUGCACAUUUGCAGUUUCUCAACUUUUCCACUGAGGCCAAUCACGAUUUCCUGGAGAUCCGCAACGGCCCCUUCGAGACCAGCUCCAUUAUCGGCCGCUACAGCGGGCAGGAGGUUCCCUCCUCCCUCCUCACGACCUCCCACGAGACCACCGUCUACUUCCACAGUGAUCACUCCCAGAACAAGCCAGGCUUUCGCUUCGAGUACCAAGCCUAUGAGCUUCAAGAGUGUCCUGACCCAGAGCCGUUUGGUUACGGCGUGGUGGUGGGCGCUGGGUAUAACGUAGGCCAGUCCAUCUCUUUCGAGUGCCAGCCGGGAUAUCAGCUGAUGGGCCACGCCAUUCUCACCUGCCAGCACGGAACUACCCGCAACUGGGACAACCCCUUCCCUCGGUGUGAAGUGCCCUGGGGUAACGUCACAUUGGAGAACGGGACCAUCUUCUCCCCAGGGUACCCCGAGGAGUACCCCGGCUCCAUCGACUGCACCUGGCUGGUCACAGUGGCCCCGGGCCAGGGGGUCAGCCUCAACUUCACCCUGCUGCAGGUCCACGGGCCCCAUGACUUCAUCACCGUCUGUGAUUCAAGAGAUUUUGUGCGGUACAGGUGUCUUCCUGGGUACCAGCUCAGCGGAAACGACAUCCUCACCUGUCGGUUUGGGACGCAUCUGGAGUUUGAAGGACCUCCACCGUCGUGUGAAGUGACAUGUCCCAUGAACGAGGUGCUGACGGACUCCACGGGCGUGAUCAUGAGCCAGACGGCGGGCGGGGGCUUCCCGCACUUUGAGACCUGCUCCUGGGUGGUGAAGGUGGAGCCAGGCUACAACAUCUCGCUCACCAUCGAGCACUUCCAGACCAACCGGCAGUUUGAUGAGCUGGAGGUCUUUGAUGGUCCCUCCAGGCAGAAUCCUCUUCUCAUCACCCUGAGCGGAAACUACUCCUCCCCCCUGACCAUCACCAGCUCCUCCAAUAAGGUCUACCUGCACUGGUCCUCCGACCACGCCUCCAGCCAGAAGGGGUUCCGGAUUCGCUACUCAGCCUCGUACUGCAGCCCUCCCAACCCCCCCGCCAAUGGCUCGGUCCACAGCCAGACGGGCACCAAAGCGGGCAGCACCCUGCGCUUCAGCUGCGACCCGGGCUUCCGCCUCAUCGGCCAGGGCAGCGCCACCUGUACCCGCUCCCCCCAGGGCCUGCACCAGUGGAACGCCCCCAUCCCCCUCUGCCAAGUGGUCUCCUGCGGCAUCCCUGGCUCUCCUGUAAACGGCUCCGUGACGGGUCGGGAUUACACGCUGGGCUCCAGGGCCGUGUACCUGUGUAACCUGGGCUUCCAGCUGCCGGCCUCCCACGCCACCACCAUCGUCUGCCAGGAGAGCGGCCGGUGGAGCCCCACGGAAACGCCACCCCGCUGCGCGCCGGUAACAUGCCCCGAUCUCGGCCACUCGGCGGUGGAUCACGGCAGGUGGAGGCUGAUCUUCGGAACCCCAAACCAAUAUGAUGCCAUAAUGAUGCUGAUCUGUGACCCCGGCUACUACUACCGGGGUCAGCGAGUCAUCCGUUGCCAGGCUAACGGAACUUGGGACUACCCAGACCCACACCCCGCUUGUGAUAUUAUUUCCUGUGGGGAGCUGGGCACCCCUCCAAACGGGAAUAAGAUCGGGACCCUGACCGUGUACGGGGCCACGGCCAUCUUCUCCUGCAACACGGGGUACACGCUGGUGGGCUCGCGGGUCAGAGAGUGCAUGUCCAACGGGCUCUGGAGCGGAACGCGGGUCCAGUGUCUCGGUAAGUCAAUCAAAGUCAGGCUGUAGUCAACCACCCCCCGUCUCUCUCUCUCCCUAUCUGGCUCUCUCUACCCUAGCAUUCUCGCCUCUCCAUCUCCUGUAUUAGCGGGGCACUGUGGCACUCCCGAGCCCAUAGUGAAUGGGCAGAUCAUUGGGGAGAACUAUAACUACCGGGGCAGUGUGGUGUACCAGUGCAGCCCCGGGUUCAGACUCAUCGGUGUGUCGGUGCGGAUCUGUGAGCAGGACCACCGCUGGUCCGGGAAGACCCCAGUGUGUGUCCCAAUCACUUGCGGCCACCCAGGAAACCCCACCAACGGCAUGACUCAGGGCACCCAGUUCAACCUCAACGACAUUGUGCGCUUCAUCUGCAACACGGGCUACGCGCUGCAGGGCGCACUCAAGUCUCAGUGCCAGCCCAACGGCCAGUGGAGCAACAGCCUGCCAACAUGUAAAAUUGUGAACUGCACUGACCCCGGGCAUGUGGAGAACAGCGUCCGGCAGGUCAUCCCGAGCGGCCCCCACCGUUUCAGCUUCCAGACCACGGUGUCCUACAGCUGCAAUGCUGGGUACUACCUUCUGGGCACUGCUGUUCUGGCCUGCCAGGGGGAUGGAACCUGGGAUCGUUCUCUCCCCAAGUGCCUAUUGAUCCUGUGCGAUCGCCCCAGCAUGCCGCCCUACGCCCAGAUCUCGGGCGACCGCCGCACGGUGGGCUCGGUGAUCCGGUUCAGCUGCAUCGGGCAGCGCUCCGUGGUGGGGAACACCACCCGGGUGUGCCAGCUGGACGGGCACUGGAGCGGCUCGCUGCCGCACUGCUCCGGAGAGUCUCUGGGUCUUUGCGGGGACCCCGGGGUGCCUGUGCACGGUAUCAGACUGGGAGAGGAGUUCUCCGUGAACAGCGUGGUGCGCUUCAGCUGCGAGCCGGGUUACAUGCUGAAGGGCUCGUCGGAGAGGAGCUGCCUGGCCAACAGCACGUGGAUGGGGUCUCAGCCCGAAUGCCACGUGGUGUCGUGUGGAAACCCUGGCACCCCGCGUAACGCUCAGGUGUUGUUUCACGACGGCGUGGUGUUCUCCCGCUCCAUCACCUACGGCUGCCGCCAGGGAUACUAUUCCACGGGCCUCCUGACCCGGCACUGCACGGUCAACGGCACCUGGACCGGCACCAUGCCAGAGUGCACAGUAAUCAACUGUGGGGACCCGGGGGUGCCAGCCAAUGGCGUGAGGCUGGGGAACGACGUCACCUACAACCACACCGUGACAUUCCAGUGCUCUCCCGGAUACACCAUGGACGCUGACCGCGCCUCCAGCCUGGUCUGCACCAAAGACCGCACAUGGAACGGGACCAAGCCCAUGUGUAGAGCCAUCGUGUGCGGGGCCCCGCCCCCCAUACCGAACGGGCGGGUGGUGGGUACGGACUUCCAGUGGGGCUCCAGCGUGAGCUACGCCUGCAUCGAGGGCUACCAGCUGUCCCUGCCCGCCGUGCUCACCUGCCAGGGCAGCGGAAACUGGAGCGGAGAGAGGCCCCAGUGCUUCCCGGUGUUCUGCGGGGACCCAGGCAUCCCCUCAGACGGCCGGAGGGAGGACCGAGGGUUCACCUACCUCUCGUCCGUGGCGUUCUCCUGCUUCACCCCGCUGGUCCUGGUCGGAUCGGCCCGGCGCUACUGUCAGUCCGACGGAACCUGGAGUGGGACACAGCCCUCUUGUAUAGAUCCCAGCCACACAAGCUGUGUGGACCCUGGGAUCCCAUUGUUUGGGCAGCAGAACAACACACAGGGUUUUCAGAUUGGCAGCACCCUGUUCUUCAGCUGCAGGAAGGGCUACCUGCUCCAGGGCUCUAUCUCUCGCACCUGUCUGCCCAACCUGACAUGGAGCGGCAUGCAGCCCGAGUGCAUCGCGCACCACUGCAACCAGCCCGAGCUCCCCGCUCAGGCGGACGUGAGCGCCAUCGAGCUGCCCUCGCUGGGCUACACGCUCCUCUACGCCUGCCAACCGGGGUUCUACCUGGCCGGGGGCUCGGAGCACCGCACCUGCCGAGCAGACGGGAGCUGGACCGGGAAGCCCCCGCAGUGCGCAGCGGAUAACAGACCAAAAACCAUCGGAACCGUGCCUCCCAAUGCCAAACUCCCAGUACCAGGUGGAGUGUUUGUGAAGAAUUCCCUGUGGCGCGGAUCUUACGAGUAUUUGGGGAAGAAGCAGCCGGCCAUGUUGAGCAUCACGGCGUUCGAGCCCUUCAACAACCGCGUCAACGGAACGCUCAUCGACCACAGUGGGGUAGAGCUCAAACUGGCAGGGAUCUAUAAAAAGGAGGAGGCCCACCUGCUGCUUCAGGUGCACCAGAUCCGGGGGCCAGUAGAAAUCUUCGUCAAUAAGUUCAAGAGUGAGAACUGGGCGUUGGACGGACAUGUGUCAUAUAUGGCUUCGACCAAUUCCUUUGUGUACCAAGGAUUUGUCAGAGGGAAAGGAUUUGGACAAUUUGGUCUUCAGAGGCUAGAUACAGAGAGUCUGGACCCAAACAAAGAAAACCCUAGCUACAACUUUGCAUCCAACAGCAGUUCAGUGGCUGCAGCCAUCCUAGUGCCUUUCAUAGCCAUGAUCAUUGCAGGAUUCGCACUGUACCUCUAUAAACACAGGAGAAGACCCAAAGUUCCCUUCAACGGCUAUGCAGGCCACGAGAACACCAACGGCAGGGCGACUUUCGAGAACCCCAUGUACGACCGCAACAUCCAGCCCACAGACAUCAUGGCCAACGAGACAGAGUUUACCGUCAGCACCGUGUGUACCGCGGUAUAGCACCCAUCCUCUCCGCUGGUCAUAUGUGCUUCACUCUCUUCAGAAGUGGAAACUGUCCGGUCACGUCACAUGCCUUCAUACAAACUGCCUCUCUCCCUCCCACACCCUGCUGCUCGCAUGGGUCCGGCCGCAGCAGGCAGAAAGCCUGCUGAAAAAGACGACGGGCGGAGAUGAGCAACAAUAAAAAGAGUACUAGUAAAAACUGUCUUUUAGAAACAGCUGCUCACAGCAACAGAGGAAACAAAAGAAAAACUGAAGUAGAAAAACACAAAAAAAAAACCCAUGGAGGAGCGACCUCCUGGUAUGACGGUGCGGGGAUAAACUAUGUCGAGCUCUUCACCCUGGAACAUGGAAACGUGGGGGUUGUCCCGCGGCCUUGCACUCUCCUCAUCCUUGCUCCUCCAUCCGCUCUACAGACCCUUCCUACAGCCCACACUCUGCUCUAUUUAUUUCUUUUUUUUUUGCCUUGAAAGCUGGCUUUUUACACAGGAAUCGUCUUGGAUGGCCUUUCUGAGAGAAAACAUUUUUAUUUAUUUAUUAUUUUUAUUAUUUUAUAUUUUUGACAUUUUUUGUGUGUUUCACUUUUUCCCCCUGACCAUAUCUCCCAAAAUGAUUACCUGAAGGUCCCACCCCUAAUGAAAUGAGCAGGAAGAUUGCUUUCAGACAACUGAAGUCUCAUGCAUCCUACUUCUCCCAGGGUCUCCUUUCUGAAGGAGGGGCUGUGCAAUUAUUGGCAAGGAAUUGACAACAACGAUAAUGGUUAAAAAAUAGGCAAUUCCAUGAGUUGGGAAUAUUUAAGGAUUUCUGAUCAUGUUGUGUUCUGUGUGUUAGCGAAGAUGUACAGGUGUGUGUGCGUGAGUGCUUGCGUGCGUGUGUCUAAAAAUGAAAAAAGCAGUAAAAAUAAGAAGAACCAAACAUAAUUUGAACAUGCAGCGUUUAAGUCGGGAAAUCCUGUCACAGAAGAACCCGAGGGGUGAAAUGACAGGAAAUUCAUUAUCCUAACAAUAUUUUUCAUUUUAUUCUGUCACUCACUGGUAGGGAGCCUUUAGUUUUCGGAGGGUAUGGAGUUGAAUCCUUGAGGGGGAUAUUAAGUUCUUUCUCACAACCGCGUGUGUGUGUGUGUGUGUCAAAGCGCAAAGGUGCUUCGCCCCGAGGAAAUUCUACCUGCACGCUGUUUGUCUCUUACAAAUGUCGCAUAACCUGAUUCUGCACAGACUGCUCAGCCGACAGCACUCAUCGCUGGAUUCCCCGAAUUCAUAACGUCCCAAUAUGCCUCACACGAGUGAAGCUCGGGACUUAUUAAACAUGGGACGUAUUACCUGCAUAGUUCCUCUGAUUUUCUAACGAUAUAUCGGUUUAUACGGCUUAUAUUUCACCAUGUCAAUGUUCGACACGCAAAGAGGACUAGUGUUGGGCCACGUUCUUUUAUUGGGCGUGGCUGAGCGACCCCUUUUCAGCGUUACAUCCGAUGGCCCUGAACCCCAAGAACUCCCAAGACUAUCUGGUGUGAAAGGAGACGGCUCACUCUGAGGACCGAGGUGCUCAACACUCAAUCAACGAACAGAAGGCUAGUCACUGCCUCCACGUCCCACUGACACUGAUAUUGGAGACGGUUGGAGUGGAGACGAUGGGAUUUAAAAGGACUUGUCAGCUCUUAUCAUAGAAUCUGGCCUGCUGUGUCGGGCACCACGAAUGCCAAUGUCAUGUCACGGUCCGUGACCCUUUGGGGCAGACACCGUUCUUCAUCCGCGAGGGACUUGUUGUACACAUAUGCGGAGCGUCGUUUUCUCUAGUGUGGAGGCGAUCCCAAAUCUAUUAUAGAGACGUAGAGAAUGAGAGAGUGCAGAAGUACGGCACAGGGCUUGUGUCUCGGUGAGCUAACGCCUCUCGUCACAUCCGACAGACGUCACGGUCACGUGUGAAAGGUUCCAGCCAAAUGACAGUUGACUCACCCCCCAAAAAAAAGAAAUCAAAAAUGUUUUUAAAAUGUACUAAAAUGAUACAUGAAAAUGCAAGAUCGUAUCUCUGUGGAGAGAAGGUUUAAAAUUGCAACUGCAUACAAAUGUUCGACUUUCGGGUUUACUUGCGCAUGUCAUUCAUAUUGUAAACAAGGUUUGCAGAUUGGUGGCAGCAGGAGACAACUCGACACGGCAAUUAGCACUUCCACGCUAUUCAAUUGGAAAUUAUGAAGGAGAUGACACAAAUCCAUGUUUAUGUUGUAGUUUCUUUGCCUCUCAUCAAACCGCUGAAUUUAUAAUGGUUGCCUAGUGGGUAAAUAAAGCAGAAGGAUCUUGGCAGUGGUGACAGCUUUUCAGGUUUUUGUUCUCUUUUUUGGUUCUUGCUAAAUUAACAAAGGCGGAACCGGAAGAGGUAAAACCUCAGAAGCUUCUUAGCAAGUACCAGGGGCUCAGAAAAGCAGAUGGCAGUCUUGCAAGUGAAAACAGUUUUGCUGACUCUUUGACAUUUGGUACAUCUCUUAUAUUUUUUUGAUUGAACCUGGGGCACAACAGUAUUGGAGCAGUUUGAAGGCUGAAUGCCACUACAGGCCAGGUUAUAGACUGGCCGGUGACAAGCACUGUACUAUGAGGGGUUUUUAUCUGUGAGUGAAGGAAUAAAACUUUCUCUGCUAGUAGGGAGGUAAGUAAAGUGAAGUGAAAUGUCUGCAGAAUAUUGAUGGUGAACGGUGUUUAAAAGCAGCCCUCAGAAGACCCCAUCCAGAAUUUGAUUAGACCUGCUAAACGUUCCCAUAUUUCAUAAUGCCAGGGCACACUGUGGAGUAUGCCAACACUGCCUGAGAACAACUGUAGCAGAUUGCCAUGUUAGGCUAUUAGGCUUGCUUUUGAUCAGUGUUUCUGGGUUUGAUUCACCAGGUUUUACCACAGUAUGCAUCGUUAAGAUGUCCUUAAAGGUUGCAAGCCUUUUCCAAAACGACCCCUAAAAAACAAUAAAUGGAAAAAUAAUUAAAGUUUGUUUCUAUCGGUUACAGAGCAAGAGAACACAUUUUCCAUUUUGCCAUAUAAGGCUGGUUUUGUGCCCUGAAACAUUUGACAUGAAGUUUGUCAUCAAGCGGUAGUAUUGUAAAACUCUGAACAACUAUUUCCAAGUUCACCUUGAAGGCGGAUUGUUUCAAGACUGGUUAACCAUAGCAUGGGAACAUUUACAGCUUCAGUCAGCCAAGAUAUGCUAUAACCAACAUUUAUACUACAGUAAGCAUUUAAAAAUCCCUGACACUGCUUUGCACAAAAUGGAGCUUCUGAAAUAAAUCACUCCAUUGCAUUUCUGAGCUGUUGUACACUGUUUCGGUAAUUGCUUUUACAAUUUUAUUCCUUUUAAAUCCAUAGCUUAUCUCCACUGUGUGAAUUUAAUAUUGCCUGGUGCUUGUUGAAACAGUGUGGUUAUAAAAAAAGAUUAUAUUUCCCUGAAGAUUUCACAGUCAAAGUGGUUGGUAGGCACAUUAUCGUACACCUAUUGGCAUUCACUUUAAAUCAUUUUUUCUGUCCUUUAAUUUCAUUCUGAACAUUUCAGGACUUUAUCAACACCUACGACAUCCUUGCUCUCCAUUUAGUUAUUGCACGUAUUGGGCUGUCUUGAUGAAUCCAUUUUCUUGCUCAUUUUAUCUCCCAUGACAAAAUCCAAGACAGGCACAAUCUGACAUAUCUAGGGGCUGCGGCACACAUA